AAUUCUCCCUCAUAGUCAUAGCGCCGAAACCAUCUCUCGGGAAAAGAGAAAAGAAACGACCCAGUAGAGUCUGCGCCGCAGGAGGUGCCGUUUAACUUCAGAUGGAGAACAGUUACAGUAGAGUCUGCGUCACGGGAGGUUCUGGAUAUGUUGGUUCUUGGCUUGUCAAAACGCUUCUGGAGAAGGGUCAUACAGUACAUGCAACGCUGAGGAACUUGGGCGACACUUCCAAAGUAGAUCUACUGAAGUCCUUCCCCAACGCAAGCAGCGGAUUAGUGUUAUUUGAAGCUGAUAUUUACAAUCCCCCUGAGUUUGAAUUAGCCAUUAAAGGCUGCGAAUAUGUUUUUCAUGUGGCCACCCCGAUGCUACACAACGCUCAAAGCUCCCAGUACAAGGAUACUGCCGAAGCUGCUGUUGCUGCUGUCCGGAUCAUCGCCGAUUCCUGUAUUCGAUCACAAACAGUCAAGCGACUCAUCUACACUGCCUCUGUCAUGGCUUCGUCACCAUUGACAGAAGACGGAGUUUCUUUUAAAUCAUGCAUGGAUGAAUCGUGUUGGACACCUCUUGAUGUGUCAUUCUCUUAUGCCGAUGAUUUUACACUGGCAUACACAAAAUCCAAGAUAUUAGCAGAGAAAGAGGUGCUGAAGUAUAAUGAAUACGAUAAUGGCAGGCUCCAAGUUGUAACACUUGUUUGUGCCCUAGUGGGAGGAGAAGCUCUUCUUCCACAGCUACCUGGAAGUGUGGAAACUAUUCUUUCACCACUCACUGAAAAACUGUUCUUUUCAAAAGCAUUGAAGUUUCUGCAAGAACUUUUGGGUUCAAUUGCUCUUGUACACAUUGAAGAUGUUUGUCGAGCUCAUAUCUUCUGCAUGGAAAAACCAUUGAUGAAAGGUAGAUUCCUCUGUGCUGCUGCCAAUCCAACCAUCAGAGAAAUUGCAAUUUACUUUCAAGAAAAGUUUGCGGAAAACCAGAUAGCAAAAGAAUUCAUGGAAGGAACAACUAAUAAUGGGGUCGGUUGUGAUUUUACAAGACUAAUAAAAAUGGGUUUUGAGUACAAAUACGACAAGAACAAGAUAUUAUAUGACAGUGUGGCAAGUGGAGAGCGAUUUGGAGCUCUAAUCUAAUGUCUAUUCGUUCAUAUCUGUUAGAGUAAUGAUACGCACAAUUUUUUCUAAAAUUA